AUGGCCGCCCCGGCCCCCGGCCUGACCCUUCGCGGGGACCCCGCCACCUUCUCGGCCGCCCUUCGUGGCCUCCUCAACAGCCCGCGCUUCAGCGACGUGACCUUCUUGGUGGGGAAGGAGCGUCAGGAGGUGUUCGCCCACCGCUGCCUCCUGGCCAGCCGCUGUGAGUUCUUCGGUGGGCUGCUGGAGCAGAAGCCCCCGGCCCCAGCUGGCAGGGGGCCGCCCCGGGGGGAGCCCGUGGUUUUGGACCAGGUGCGGCCCGAGGUCUUCCUGGCUGUGCUGGAGUUCCUCUACACCAACAGCGUCCCCCUCAACAGCCACACUGCCCUGGAAGUACUGACGUCGGCGGUGGAGUACGGGCUGAAGGAAUUGAGGGAGCUGUGCGUCGACUUCGUGGCCGAGUCUCUGGACGUGGAGCUGGUCUGCGACGCCCUUCAGGUAGCCGUGACCUUCGGGCUGCCAGUACUGCAGGAGCGCUGCGUCGGUUUCAUCGAAAAUCACACCCAGGACGUGCUGGGCACCCGGGCCUUCCACGAGCUGUCGGCCCCGGCGCUGCUGCCCGUCCUGCACAGCGACCGGCUGGACGUGGACGAAGCCGAGCUCAUCGCGGCCACCGGCCGCUGGGCCCACGUCAGCUCCGCGGUCUUGGAGCGGCCCGUGGGCGAGGUGGCGCGGCCGGCCGUCGGGGAGCUGCGCCUGGCCCUCUUGUCCCCGCGGGAGCUGAGCUCGCUGGAGGAAAAGAACCAGAAAGACCAACUCAUCCCGGUGGAGCAGAUCGCCGAGGCCUGGAAGUGCCACGCCUUACGGAAGGGGCCCGCCGCCCAGGGCCCCCAAUGCCGGCGCCGGAGGGGUACACGGCCCCGGGAACACCACCGCUUCUUUGACUCGCCCCCCAAGUGACUCCACAGGUCGUUGCUGCUUCCCCCCGAGCACCAGGAAUGGUGGUCUCACCAAUCCCAGGCCCGGAUGCAGGUGAAG